GUGUUUUAUUUUUCCCAAACGUCACGAAAUUUCAUGUGACAGCGGAGCCGCUUCCUGCACCCUCCUUGUGCCACCUGUGAGCCAAGGGCUCGGUGGGGCAGGGCCACCACCAUGGCGGCGAAGCAGCCCCCGCCGCUAAUGAAGAAGCACAGCCAGACCGACCUGGUGAGCAGGCUGAAGACACGCAAGAUCCUGGGCGUCGGUGGGGAGGAUGACGACGGCGAGGUCCAUCGUUCAAAGAUUAGCCAAGUACUGGGAAAUGAAAUCAAGUUUGCAGUCCGGGAACCGCUGGGACUCAGGGUCUGGCAGCUGGUUUCCGCCAUCAUGUUCUCCGGGGUUGCCAUCAUGGCCCUCGCUUUCCCUGACCAGCUCUUUGAUGCCAUCUUUGAGGAGGAGGCGGUGAGCAGCAAGACUCCCAUCCGGCUGUACGGAGGAGCCCUCCUCAGCAUCGCGCUCAUCAUGUGGAACGCCCUGUACACCGCCGAGAAGGCCAUCAUCCGCUGGAGCCUGCUGGCCGAGGCCUGCUACUUCGCCGUGCAGUUCCUUGUUACCACUGUCUCCCUGGUUGAGAGUAGCCGGAUAGCCACAGGUGCUGUGCUCCUCCUGGUCAGCCGAGCCCUCUUCAUCCUCAUCAGCAUUUAUUAUUAUUACCAAGUUGGACGUCGUCCCAAGAAAGUCUAAUUCCUGGGCUUUUUUUGUUAUGGGAAAGGUGGGAGGGGGGAGUUUGUGUCGGUAAUUUCGUAUUAUAAUUUUUAAUUUUUUUAUUUUGUUAGUCCUUUUUGGUUCUAAAGUAGUUUCCUUCUUUACCGGCAUGAAUCAGUGUGUAACCCAGUGCCAGGUGAAAUGGGGGGAGCAACAUCAGCAGGACCCCCCAGCCCCUCUGCAGGAGGUGAGGAGCAGCAGGAGGAAGGCUCAGGGAAGUGUGUGGGCCUGGCAGGCUCAGGGAAAAAAGCCAGUUUUCUUAGGGGGAACUGGCUGAUGGGAUCACAGGCUCUGAACCCACUGGAACAAAGCACAAAAUAAGGCCAGCAUAAUGAAACCAAAUCCCUGAGGAGACAGGGCAGUAGGACAACCAACAAAGGACUUGGCUUGGUAAGCCUUGCACCUCCCCUGGUUUGCAGCCUGGUCCCCUUUUAGCAAGUACUGACUAAGUAGUCAAGAGCUGGACGGGGUCAAGUUCAGUGCUUUGCAAACAGUUCUUCUUUCCUCACUGCCAGAGGUGCAUUUUUGUGUAGUUCAGAGUUUUGCACCAGAUGCUGUGCAGAGCUUGGCAGGAGAUACAGCAAAAGAAGAGGGAGAACCCUUGUGUGUUCCCUCUGUGGGGACACUGCACUGGGAGCAGUGGAGCAAUUUGAAUUGCAAGAUGUGAGAAGUGAAGGAAGCUAUUGGAAAUAGCCCAUUGAGCACAAAGACACCCCCUUGUUUGGGGUGUUCCAUGAAGUUUCUAGGCUGGGGUCCUGUCCCCUUCACCUCAGAACACUUCCAACAGUUGAAGCUUUACUGAUGUUAGCAGCAGUGGUGGGUGUGUGCAGUAGCUUUAUGUGAUGCUUUAGUUGAGCAGGGGCUGGAGUGCUGGUGUGGUAAAAGCAGAGGACUGUAGCAGUAAGAGCAUCUGCACAGAUGCUUGGGUCAGUGAGCAGCCUCUAGACAUUGGUUCUGGCUGUGGGAGAUGGUGUUCCAACUCUGCUAAUGUCUACAUCACAUCUCUUCUGACGUUGAGAAGAGAGGACCAAAGUUUGUAGCAUUAAGAUAUUUAAUAUUUCACUGGGAUGAAGAACAGCAAGGAGCAGAGCAUAUGAUGGCAAGGAUAGACUAAAUGUGCUUUAGUACUCACUAGCCAGUUUCUCCAACACCUCCUGGGCUUAACAGUGUUGGCUGCCCUGCUUUCUAGUGCUUUCCUUGUGGAUUAUCCCUUCCACAGCUUGAGGUAGCAUUUUUUUAUUCUCCAUGGGACUAAAGCCAGAAGGUCUGUGUACAGUAUAUGGACUUGUUACUCAUGCACUACUGUUGACUGGAUCAAAGCAUGCCCUGGAGCGUUCCAAAAUCCCAGUAGAUGUUCCAAAAUCCCAGUAGAAAGAUUUCUACACAAACAGAACUGCUUGUGUGAACAGUCCUCAAGCCACUGGUAAGACUGGGAUCUACAGCUAUUGCUAUUUAAUAUCUUAGUAGACUUAGAAGAAGGUAGUGGGUAGUUAUUGUAUGUUGUGUUAGUGCUUUUGGCAUUUAGAAGCAGCUGCAUAAGCUUGGGAUGCUGUGUGCAUUGUACUUACUGGCCAUGCAAAAUGUCUGUCACAUAAAAAUAUUGGAAAUUGUUGAAUCAGGAAACAUCACAACUGUAACUUAGUUUUUUGCCUAAUAAGUAAAUCAAAUGGAGAGGCAACAUCCAACAGCAGGCUGAAUUUUGGAGCCUCACAACAGCACAUGCUUGUAAAGCUGCUUUCAGCAUGUCUAAAAAUGAUGCUGAGCAACUAAAACUUUUAAUUAAAAGGAGUGUUCCUGUUCAGAUGGAAGAAUUGGGGUCUAAGAGGGAAAGCUUUCCCUGUGAGGCAGGUAAUGAUCAAAGGCAGGCUGGAAAAGGAUCAGAAAUUAGAACAAGUGGUGCAGCAUGCAGGAGCUGGAGUGUAUCAUGCUGUGGCUGUUGCUCUCCCCCAUGCAUCACCUGUGUGGGCAGCUGCAAUGGCCUCAGUGUGGCACUUUGGCUGUAGUUGUAGGUAGAGGUACGUGAAGCUUGAUUCUUUGUGUUUUGGGGCGUCACUGAAUGUAUACACAGAUUGAUGGUUGAUAUUUGGGGGGGUGGGAAAUUGUUUCUAGGACAGACAAGUAAAACCUACCACAGCAAAGGCAAUCUUACAGAAGAAGGAAAUGGAAUGUCUUCUUCAUGCUGCCUCCCAGCUGUGUUGGCCACAGGUCCUAUGAGCUUAUGACUCGGGUUUGAUUAGUGUACUAUAAAAUGUCAUCCCAUAGCUGAGAGAAAUGAGUUACUGCACUAUGUGAGAGCAGUACUCCCAAGACUUCUUGAUGGUUAGAUCAGGUAGGAGAGUAGAGGAAGCAAUUACGGCUCUCCUGGGUAGCUUUAAAUAAGGUAAGAUCAGAUUUCUCUGCUUCCCUGAUUAGAAGCUGCCUCUGCAAAACUUGGAAGAAAACUUGGAAGAGUCAGCCACUUCAAGGUUUGCUGGUUAAUGGCUUUUUCUGCUCUAACAUAGAGAACAAAGCCUGGGGGAAUGGCCACUUAAAAAGAUUUCAUCGUACUUGGUACCUAGUCCUGAAAAUGGAGAGAUGAAGUUGUUUUAUUUUGAUACUUCUUGCUCCAUCUUGCUAUAAGUCAACCACGUAGAAACUACAGAGCUCUACACCUUCUCUACAACUAAGCUGUGUUUCCUGGCAUGUCUCUUCUCAGCAGCAAGGUGCUGCAGGAGGAACAUUGCCAGGCCCACUGGAGGUGGUGAAUGUGUAACAGGUGAGAUAUAGGAGGGAGUUGCUCAGUGUGGCUUGAGGAUGGAGCCAGGACAGGUAGCUGCAGCACUGCCAGAAGCCAACUGCACCUAGUUGUCUUCACUCUGUUGUGAAUGGGAAGAAAGGGAGGAGGAUGCCAAACCUUUGUACAGAACUGUGUCCCCAAGGAUGGAAGUGCUGACAUCACAGCUGCAGGUGGCAGCUGAGAACAUAAUUUAGGAUCAAAAGCCUGAGGUGUUGCUUCAGGCUCAGCUACUGGUCUGUUGACAAAAGAACUCCCAUUUCCACAGGCCUCAGCUUCCUUAUCUGUUACAUUGUGAGAGGCCUUGGACUGCUGCCACCUCCCAAGGGAGACUGCAAUGAACUUCCUACAUUUGCAAAAUACUGUGCAGGACUGGGGGUCUGUUCCCCAGAGAAUUGUGUUCCAAGCAGGCACAGGCCAGGAGUUAAAGCUGACCCCCUUUCUCUGCCAGGGAUAAACCCAAACCCUUGCAUUCACAGAGCCCUCACUUUGGAGGGUGAAGAAAACUCAUCAUUCACAUAACUCCUUACAUCAUCUUACUUGCAUCUAACCAAUAUCUGGCAAACUGGAGCUGGUGACACAGGAGAGGCUCUGUCUGUCCUAAGCUGGCCUCUUUUCUGGUCAAGGGUUUUUACUUGGGAGGGUGUGGGUGGGGGGGGUGGUGGUGCAGGGGAGAAUGGGACACUUCAAUUUAUACCUCAAUUUAGCUGCUGUACCUGAGUUUAUUUCUCCUCUGGUAAGAAAGUGACUGUACUUAACACCAAGCAAAUAGUGAAAAUUAAAGCUGUUUCACUUCACUGUCACAAUAACUUUAUUUUAUUUUUGGGGUUUUUUUUGUGGUUUUUUUUGUUUGUUUUUUUUGUUUUUUUUUUUUUAAGAAAUGCACAAAAAAAACGUGCAGAGAGUGCUUCAGGCUUGUGUUCUGGUUUAUAUUACUAAAAAAAAAUCAUUUCAAUAUAAAAAAGCAUUACAGUAGGGAAUACAGGAUAAAUUAGCUCCACUAUCUAAUAAAAAGAACAUUUAAAUUUUUUUUAAAAUAGAUUUCAAACAUUAUUUCACACGCAGCCCUUUUCCCAGGCCUUUGUGACAGUCAUUGGAGUAUCAAAUAGCAACCACGAGGCAGGGAUGCUGAGAGGGGCUGGGGGCUUGCCCAGCCUGGUCUCUACUCCUCCCUCCAAGGUGCUUGGGCUGUGGUCACAGUGCUACAGUGAAGGAGAGGGCAGCCCCUACUGCUUUCCAGCCAGGAGUGACUUCAGCUUAAGCCCCCAACCCCAAAUACUCACCAGAGCUGUUUAAAAAAAAAAUACAAAAAUACAAUUGCUUCUCCUGCCUACAGUUCUGAAAACUAUUGUACCACAG